AUGUGGUCCUUUUUCUCUCGCGAUUCGUCGAAAGACUUCCCGUAUGAAAUCGGCGAUCCCGUGCAACAGUUCGACACCAAGAGCAUCUGGAGCCUGCACCGUGGCAAGCGGAAAGCGACCAAUGAUGAGGUGUCCGUGUUCACAUACGACAUCCGGAACGGUACGGACAUCAAGCUCGAGCUAGCGAAGGCCGCGGUGAAGCGGCUGAAAACGUUGCGCCAUCCCAGCAUCCUGCAGUUCCUGGACAGCCUCGAAACGGACAAGGUCCUGUACGUAGCGACCGAACCAGUCGAGCCGCUCGGCACGCACGUCAGCAAGCUGGCCGCCGAAGGGCCCCAGCGGGACCUCUACCUGGCGUGGGGCAUCUUCCAGAUCACGCGCGCCCUGUCGUUCCUGAACAACGAUGGCAAUUUGCGGCACAACAACGUGUCCGUCUGGUCAGUGUUCGUCAACACGUCGGGCGAGUGGAAGCUGGGUGGGUUGGAGUACGUAUCAUCGGCUGACCUGGCCGUUGCACCGCCUAUCAAAAUUCCUCCCACGCUCGAGAUAUACGACCCGCCGGAAAAGAGCGACACGAACAAGCUGAAGACUGCGACCAAGUGCUCGAGCGACAUGUGGGGACUGGGCUGCCUGGUGUGGGAGUCCUUCAACGGGCCACUGAAGACGCGUGGCAACCUGAAGAACAUCGAGGGGAUCCCUAAAUCGCUGGCUCCGCUCUACUGCGAGCUCGUCGGUGCAGCACCGGCCAGUCGGCCAAACCCGGCCGAUGUCAUCACCAAAUGCCGCAAGCCGGGUGGAUUCUUCAAGAACGAUCUGGUGGACUCGCUACUGUUCCUAGAAGAGAUUCAGAUAAAGGACAAGGUGGAAAAGAUGCGCUUUUUCAGCGCACUAACGGCUCAGAUCGACAACUUUCCUGCUAACGUGUGCAGGCAUAAAAUUCUUCCCCAGCUAAUUACGGCCUACGAGUAUGGCGAUGCUGGUUCUGCAGUGCUUGCACCAAUGUUUAAGCUGGGACGUUUGCUGGAGGAAGCCGAGUAUCAGAAGCGCAUUGUGCCGUGCGUGGUGAAGCUAUUCGCGUCAACCGACCGCGUGACGCGGUCCCGCUUGCUGCAACAGCUCGAUCUGUUCAUCUCACACCUGCAACCGAACGUGGUGAACGAUCAGAUCUUUCCGCAGAUCGCACACGGGUUCCUAGACACCAAUCCGACCAUUCGAGAGCAAACCGUGAAGUCAAUCAUCCACCUAGCGCCGAAGCUGAAUUAUAACAAUCUGAACGUGGAGGUGUUGCGCCAUUUUGCGCGGCUCCAAUCGCGAGACGACCAGGGCGGUAUUCGCACGAACACGACUGUGUGUCUGGGGAAAAUAGCGCCCCAUCUACACCCACAGGUUCGGCAACGUGUCCUAGUUUCCGCCUUCAUCCGGGCGAUGCGCGAUCCAUUUCCACCGUCACGAGUGGCCGGCAUAUUGGCUCUCGCGGCCACGCAGCAGUACUUCCUGCUGAACGAGGUCGCCACCCGCAUCCUGCCCGCGCUCUGCCCGCUUACGAUGGAUCCGGAGAAGUCGGUGCGCGAUCCCGCCUUCAAGACGAUCCGGGGCUUUCUCGGCAAGCUGGAAAAGGUGUCCGAAGAUCCGAGCCUUCGCGAAAGCAUGGAGGCCGACGUGCAUACGGCCACACCGUCGCUCGGAAAUGCGGCCGCCACGUGGGCCGGCUGGGCCGUUACGGCCGUUACCGCCAAAUUCUACCGCAGCCAAAGCGACACGGCCCGACCGCGGCCACCGCUAACGGGUAAAACAUUGAGUAAACCUGCUUCUUUGGAGCAACCGUCGAGCAGCAGUAUUUCCACGACGACCAGCAGCGUCACGUCGAUGACCUCGCUGGAGCACGAGAGUGCGGACACGUCGGCAUCGGCCAGCGAUUACGGGCCGGACAACUGGGACCAGGAGAACUGGGGCGAUAUGGACACGUCGCAGGAUCCGAGCAGCCCGAUGGCUGGCACCUCGAACCAGCUGAACCCAGCCCUUAACAUGGUCGGCAGCGUAAGCGACAUGCGCGACGGCUGGGACAACGAGGACUGGGGCAGCCUCGAGGAGGAUCCGAACGAAGCGGAACUGAACGAAAAGGACGAAGACGAGCACAACCAGGCGCAGCAGAAGGAAGCGUCACGGAUGGCGAACGUUCACACCGGCUCGAUGUACGCGAGUGGGGCAGUUUCGGCGAUGGGGAGCAAUGCCGGUGGCGUUGUGAUGGGCCGAGGGGGUAGCAGCAGCAGCAACAGUACGACCAACAACACGACCAGCUCGUCCACGGGCACGGGCAGCACGGUGAAGCCGAGCAGCAACAACAGCAGCAGCAGCAGCACGUGCACCAGCACGAGCAACAGCAACAACAACACCAACAACAACCUGGCCAACCAUACGAGCAGCCCGAGCAAGAUGAUCGCGCUCAAGAACAUGAACAAUCUGCUAAACAGCGGCACAAACAGUGGCAGCAAUCAGCUGACUAGCUGGAAUAAUGGUGGCAGUCCAGGCGAUGGUUGGGGGGACGGGGAUUUCGAACCGCUCGACGAACCCAGCACAGGAAACGCGAAAAUGGACGAGGCGCGCCGGAAACGCGAAGAAAAGAAGAUGCAGCGACAACGCGAGCUGGAAGCGAAACGAGCAGCCCGAACCGGACCCGGUGGCGGACCGAUGAAGCUUGGUGCCAAAAAGAUAUAGAUCCGCCUGUGACCCGGAUGUUGUCCUUGCCACCUGCCGGUUAGCCCGGGCUGGAUGUUGUGAAGGCACGGCCAGCUGCGAGGAGGAGUUUCAUGCCGCCGAACCAGGAGGAUCACAUUAUCUCCUGCCCAGUACGCGGUUGUGGCGUGGGCGAACGUCUC